AUGUGCGAGGCGCGCCGCGAUCGCGCCGGCCUUGCCCGACCGAUACAGCCGAUACCCACGCCCGAGGGCCUCGGUGGCCGCCUUGAACUUGAGGAGCUGGGAGCCGGGGAAGGCCGAUCGAGCCGCAGGCGUUGGGGAUCUGAGCGAGCGAGCGCGCAAGCGUCAGCGUGCGAGUUCUGGCGGCUUGGCUGCAGCGGCUCUGCUUUUCUUGUGCUGACGCCUCGCUCGCCCUUCGGGCUCGCUACGGCUCGCUACCUCACCGUCUGCUUGAUCCACCACACGUCCUUGCCGUCCCACUUGCCCUCGCCGUCGCUCUCCUCCUUCUCGCGGGCGGCAGCGAGCUCGCCGCGCGAGGGGAACAGGAGGAGGACGGCCUUGACGGGCUGGGGGACAAACGAGAGGAACUCUUCGUCGAGGGAGAAGAGGUCCUGGAAGCUGAGGGGCGAGUUUGGGAGGCCAAGCGCGCGCGACCACUGCAGGCUUACAUCAGGCGAGGCCUCGAGGGGGACCCAUUUGGACUGCGACAUUGUGGGGAGUGAAUGA